GGAACAAAUCACAUUUUCACCAGAAUCAAGUCUCAGCUCCCUCUUCAGUCUUAUUUCCUCUCAUGACCCCCAUGAUUCAUCCUUUUCCUCCUCCAUAGCUCAAGGGAUAUUAUUAUUAUCCCUAGGGCCGAUUCCCACCGGAUGGCUGGUCAUUUCUGAUCUUCCCAUGUCAUCGAUCAACACGCCAAUCCCUGGAAGCAGAACGAAAACAUACAAACAAUCCUCCUCCUCCUCUCCUGGGGUCAUGGGGGUAUUCGAGGUGCUCGGGUUAUUUAUGUAUCUUCUCCCCCCUGCCCCUUUCGCUUUUUUCCCUCCCAUCCUACCACUUCUCUCCACGCU